AUGAUAGUGUCAAAUAAUAAAAAUAAUAAAAUUUUAUAUACUCAAAGAUCUAGACAUAAUAGAUUAACCUUAGCUACUUUAGUUAUGCUAGGUAUAUUUGCAUUUUUAUUUUUUACAUGGAAUGAUUAUUCAGAAGAUUCAACUUUUGGGUUUUUACAAAAUGAAAAACCAACUAAUACUGAAGUUGAACCAUCAAAUUAUCGUGCUGAUACUACUGGAAUAACUGCUACUGUAACAAACGCUGGUUUAGUGACAGAAGAUACAUAUGGUAUGGGUAAUAAAGCCUCUCAGGAUGAAAGCAAAUUAAAUUCAAAGAAAGUUGAAGAACAAAUAUCUACUAUUAGAGGUGAGAUUUCAAAUGAAAAAAAAACCACUAUCUUAGCGCCACAUGCUUCACAAACAUCAUUACCAUCAAAUAUUUUUAAUCCAGAAACCAAUUUUAAAGAAAUUUUAAAUACUUCUCCUGUAGUUUUAUUUAUUAGAUCCACUGAACAAGAUUCACAAUAUUUAAAAAAUUUAUUAUUGAAGGAGUACGAGAUUUCUCCUCAAAUCUCAAUUGUUGAUUUGGACCAACAUUCCAAUGGUGAUAGUUUACAAGAUCAUAUCCAAUCAACAAAAUUAUCUGCUGCCGCCACUCAGAGAUUACCUUAUUUAUUUAUCAAUAGUGUCUCUGUGAUAAACACAAACUUAAAGAAGGAUAUUAAGGAUUUGCAUUCAGAUGGUUCUUUAUUACAAAAAUUUAGGCAUUUAGCUAGCGGUAAUGUUCUAUUUGAAAAGAUGGGUUUACCUUCAAAUUCUUAA